CUGUGUCAGACACAGAUUAUAGUUUUCAUUGAACAUUUAUAAAGUGAACCAACAUUACAUUCUGGAAGGUGACGUCAACGACAUUCCUCCUAUUUAGACCUUGACAGAAUAGUGGAGGGAACAAUCUCCUCUGCUUGACAUUGAUCUAUGACAUAUUACCAAACUAAUCCAAUUAAUUAUCUUUCUCAUGUGCACCCAGCACACUUAAAUCAUGGGAACUGCAAAUGAAUGUGAUUCUGACAGUUUCUAACUGGCUGCAAAGCACCAAGAGCCAGUGCACGUUGAAUAUUUGUAACCAACAUUCGUCCUUUACUUCUCCACUAGUUUUGUCACUUUGUUCAGUGUUUCUUCAUUUCACACCAUUUACGCAGUAACACGGCUGAUUACAGCCGGUGCAGUCAGGUGUGGACAGAUUUGUUUGACAAAUUCUCUUUUUCUCUUCUCUGUUUCCUCCCUUGUCUUACACAUCUGUCUUUUCAGUACAGGCUGACGGAAACCUGUAGCAGAGGAACAGCAGCAGCAGCAGAGUUCUUGCAACAAUGAGGUCAGAGGCCUUGUUGUUUUACUUCACGUUACUGCAAAUAGCUGGGGCGGGCUUCCCUGAAGACAGUGAGCCUCUUAGCAUCUCACACGGCAACUAUACAAAGCAGUAUCCAGCAUUCGUUGGUCACAAACCUGGCAGGAACAACACGCAGCGACACAAACUGGACAUUCAGCUCAUCAUGAUCAUGAACAACACGUUAUACAUUGCUGCCAGGGAUCACAUAUACACGGUGGACACAGACACUGCCAACAGUGAUGAGAUCUUUUUCAGUAAGAAAAUGACAUGGAAGUCCAGACAGGUGGACGUGGACACAUGCAGAAUGAAAGGGAAACACAAGGAUGAGUGCCACAAUUUCAUCAAGGUUCUCCUGCAGCAAAAUGAUGACACCUUGUUUGUCUGCGGAACGAAUGCCUUCAACCCAGCUUGCCGAACCUACAAGAUGGACAACUUGGAGGCUCUGGGAGAGGAGAUCAGCGGGAUGGCACGGUGCCCAUAUGAUGCCAAACAUGCCAACAUUGCACUCUUUGCUGAUGGCAAGCUGUACUCGGCCACCGUAACAGACUUUCUGGCGAUCGAUGCGGUCAUCUAUCGUAGCCUUGGUGAUAGUCUCACCUUACGCACUGUCAAACACGACUCCAAAUGGCUCAAAGAGCCUUACUUUGUCCAGGCGGUCAAUUAUGGUGACUUCAUUUACUUCUUCUUUCGGGAAAUUGCCAUGGAGUACAACACAAUGGGAAAGGUCGUGUUUCCUCGCGUGGCCAGGGUUUGUAAGAACGAUCGAGGUGGUUCACCGCGCGUCCUGGAGAAACAGUGGACGUCUUUCCUCAAGUCUAGACUGAACUGCUCCAUCCCCGGCGAUUCCCAUUUCUACUUCAACAUCCUGCAGGCGGUGACCAAUGUCAUCCACAUCAACAGAAGGGAUGUGGUCAUGGCAACGUUCUCCACACCUUACAACAGUUUCAAGGAGCAGAAAUCUCCCGACUCCACCUGGACGCCUUUUCCUGAGGAGAAGGUUCCAAGGCCGAGACCUGGCACCUGUGCUGGUUCGGCAUCCAUGGAAAGAUACAAAGUGUCCACCGAGUUCCCCGAUGACACGCUGAACUUCAUCAAGAGGCAUCCUCUGAUGGAUGAGGCCGUCCCCUCCAUUGCUAACAGGCCUUGGUUCCUGAAGACCAUGGUCAGGUAUCGUUUUACACGAAUUGCAGUGGACAACGAGGCCGGUCCCCACAAGAACCACACAGUGGUCUUUCUGGGAUCCGAAAAAGGCAUCAUCCUGAAGUUCUUGGCCAAAAUGAACAAAGGCUUCCUCAAUGAUAGCCUGUUCCUGGAGGAGCUCAACGUCUACAACCCUGACAAAUGCAGCAUAGAUGGCGUGAAGGACAAGCACAUCAUUGGCAUGCAAAUAGACAGCAAGAGUCAUGCUCUGUGGGUUGCUUUCACCUCCUGUGUGGUUAAAGUGCCUCUGUCUCGCUGUGAAAGACAUGGAAGAUGCAAGAAGUCCUGCAUAGCCUCCAGAGACCCAUACUGUGGUUGGGUGUCAGAAGGAGCCUGCAGACAAGUGGUGGGUAACAUGAAAUCAGCCUUUGAGCAGGACGUGGAACAUGGUAACACAGAUGGCCUGGGAGACUGCCAAAAUACAUUUGUGGCUCUGAACGACCAUCUUUCCAGUUAUGAAGGCCCACAUCUCCACCACCAUCACACCCUCUCACUGCCCACCUCGGCCCUGCCAGAGGCUGCCGAGGGCCCACUGGGUCGGGGCCGCAUGGUGGAGCAGAAGGACCCCCCAAUGAUCUCAGACAAAGGGGAGGAACCCUACGUGGCAGUUCCCUCUCAGACUCAACCUGAAGGUGAUGGUGUGAUCCGAGAGAGCUACCAAAAGGGACGUGACCAGCUUGUUCCCGUGACCUUGUUGGCCAUCGCUGUCAUUCUUGCGUUUGCCAUUGGCGCCAUCUUUUCAGGCAUCAUUGUCUACUGCGUCUGUGACCACCGACAGCGAGACCUGGACCUGACAGGUCGCAAGGAAAAGGACAGCCACCACCAUCACUCCCGCCGUGGCUCAAUGAACAGUGUGACUAAGCUGACAGGCUUGUUUGAGACGCAGGCCAAAGACGGUCGGCCUGAAGCCAUCCUAACCCCGCUGAUGCACAACGGGAGGAUACCACCAAAUGGGAAGAUGCUAAUAAAAGCAGACCAGCACCACCUCAAUCUCACAGCUCUACCCACACCUGAAUCCACACCCAUGCAGCCCCGACACAAGCCCGGCCGGCACAGCUACAAGACAGUCAAGAGCCCAUGUCACAACUUCAACAUGGUGGAUCCAGAUGGGGUGCUGCCCCCUCAUGUGCCCCAACAUGAGGCCUCCCUCUCCAUCUCUCCUGCUGUCCCGCAGAUGGGCAAAUGGCUGGAGGUCCACUCCUCAGUGUACGACCUCAGGAAAGGAUCAGCAUCUUCCGCCUCUGGGUCAUCCGGCCUCAAGAAGCACAACACCAACUCAUCCAACUCCUCCCACUUGGCGAGACAUCACAGCUUCAACCGUGUGGAGACACCACCUCCCGCUCCUCAGAGAGUGGACUCCAUACAAAUGACAGCACAGGGCAUAUCUCUAUCACAGCAGCCCGGAAUGAGCCCCAACAGUUCACUGCCCCGGACGGGCCUCAAACACCUCAAGCCUGAUGUUCCUCCCAAACCUUCUGUAGUCUCUCUCUCAACGAAAAAGUCCAGUGACUCCUGCACAUAGUCAGUCAGCCUGUUAGCUAGUCCAAUGUGAACUAACAGUAGGUUUUUCCAAGAGAGCGAGAAAACAGGGAACACUGUACAAUAUGCAUCUUAUUUUCAUGUGUAUUUUUUUUUUUUGUGUACAGUGGAACAUGCAAAACAGUUUUUUAAAAGGAAUAACCUCUUUUUAUAUAAAUAUGUAAAUAUACAAAUGGUUGUUGUCAUUUGUUGCUGUUUUCGAGCUCAUGCUCUCACUGGCUCCCAGAUCCUCUGUGAACAAACGUGUGACUGUAACGGAAGUUACUGCACCGUGUAGUGACCGUAGCCAUGGUUCUCUUGUUUGUGGUGUCUUUGGUCGUUAGGACUCGACUCGAACCUUUGCUGGUAAAAGCACACGAGGAGACCACACAGAGAAGUUCGUAGAAUAAUCGUUGUACAGUACCUUAAGGACUGAUGAACUGGAGUCGACAGGAACUCAAGCUCAGACUAAAAGAACAGACAGCUGCCUGAGAUCUGUAGGAAACUGUGAAAAGCCUCUCAGUGUUACAGCAAUCAAGUCCUGCUUGGGUUUGACUGAGAUCCAGGCCCAGGAUGAUCCUCUGGUUAACUGGUUACUGAAUAACACAUGACAAAAAUGAAAAAGACUGACUUUUAUAAUUAAUCAAGUUUGAGAAACGUUAUUUAAAGUCAUUAAACUGGAGCCAGUAGAACUUUCGCAAUGACCCAUGGUCUCACCAGGUCUUACUGUUUGUCAGUGGGACUCACAGCGUGACGUGACGCGGAGGAGAUAUUCAUUUAAACUGUGCCAGACAGGGACCUCUAACUUCACAGACCAGAAUUUUUUCAUGCUGAAAUUAAAUGUUUAAAAAAAUGGAAGAAAAAAAAACUAACCCUAAUUCUCACCGUUUUACUCCUCCUGCACUCUCUCCCUCACCUCCACCCAUGCCUUCAAAGCUCAGUGUUGCAUGUUGCAAAUAAAAGAGAGCCAGCUGCAAUGAACAGUACAGGAAAAAAACCAGACCCACAAAGUGAUGCUGCGAGUGAAGGGAGUGACGCCUCCGUCUUAAAACGGAUCUGUCUUUUGUGCCGGUGUAUAAAGAGCAGGAAUCUAUAGAAACGAACAUUUUUCUCCACAUGUAAAUCUGUGCCUUACACCCUGAAGUAGUGGUGUAGUUGAAUGGCUGUUAACUUGUCUCCUUGUGUAAUUUUCUUUUUAUUAUUUUGCUUCGUUUGUUUGUUUCUAGACAUAACACACAGUUCACAGAUAAGAGAAGAAGAAUGAGGGUAACUAUUCUCUGACUCACACAACACACAUGCACUCUCAUUUUUGUGCUUCAUUUCUAAUUGUGCUAUUCAUUCCCUGAAGAAAAAGAAUCCCUUGAAGA